UAAAAUUGCGUCAGGUUAUCAAGUUUAUUGCACGUGCACUUGGUUGUCAAAGGGAGCCGUGGAGUUCCCCUCAAACGGAGGUAUGGUGCAGAAUGGAGUGCCAAAUUCAUUGCAGCGUCGACAUGGAUGCCAGCCCAGUAAAGAAAACGUAAAGAAGGAAAAAGGUUGUUCAGAUAAAAACUCUCAUUCAAUCACCCGACA